AUGCCCUCAACCGCCAUCCUCUUCGUCCCAGGCGCCUGGCACAACCCCAGCUGCUUCAGCCAGGUCAUCGACCUCCUGCAGUCCACGACAACCUACACCACCGACGCCGUCCGCCUCCCCUCCGUCGGUCCCGAAAACCACCACUACCUCCGCGACUUCACCGAGGACGUCCAGCAGAUCCGCACCCAGAUCCUCCGCCUCGCGGCCGCCGGCCACCGCAUCCUCGUGUUCGCGCACUCCUACGGCGGCGUCGUCGCCAGCGAGGCCAUCCAGCACCUGGACUGGGAGACCCGCCGGAAAGCGAACCUUUCCGGCGGCGUCUCGCAUCUCUUCCUGUGCUGCUCCUUCCUCGUUCCCGAGGGCCGCUCGCUCCGCGACGCACUCGGCGGCCACGAUGCCCCCUGGGUGGAGGUCUCGGCGGAUCAGACGGCGGCGAUGCCUCGCAAUCCGAUCGAGGUGUUUUACCACGAUGUGCCGGAGGCGGUGGCGCGUGCGGCUGUGGCGGAGUUGAAAUUGCAUAGCUAUCGUACGUUCUCCAGCGUUUGUCGCUUUGCGGCCUGGAAGGUCGUGCCCACCACGUACCUUUAUUGUGAAAGGGAUCGGGCGAUUCCGGCGGAGGUGCAGAGAAAAAUGGUGGAGGGGGUCGGGCAGGGGUGCGAUAUUCGGACGGAGACGCUGGAUGCUGGGCAUAGUCCGUUUCUGUCGAGAGCGGGGGAAUUGGUGGCUGCUGUCUGCAGGGCUGCUGAGCUGUAG